GCAACCCUGUUUCCAUACCCUGCGGAUUGCGGGCGGAGACGUGAGGAGGGAGUGGAAGCAAACACGCUGUAGUGCUUUUAUUUUUAAUCGGCUUGCUUCUGUUCGGAUCCGUGUUAAUGCCGCGGUACCGGAGAAGCCGCUGGCGCUGCCAGGAGAGCCGUCCGGACUGAAACACGGUCCGGUUUUGUCACACACGUUUAACGUUAUUUUUGAUGGCGCAGAUAAAGAGGAUGUGGGAAACACCGCCGAGGCUCUUAGGCGCGACUGAGCGCUUUUUGUCCCCAAACCUUACAGCUGUGUUUGUGAACAUGUGGAGUGCUGGACAGAGAAGGACGGACAAAAGGGCCGCCAUGCUGCAGGGGGACAUUUGUAACGAGAUUUGAAGGCGACGCGAUGGCUGAGAAUGAGACGAAUCUGAGGACGGCCAGGAUUUGGCGAGACGCAGCUUUACGCUCCAGGAAACUGAGGACCAACCUGCGCCAGCUCACUCUUAGCACCACCAACAACCAGAAAAUCACCUUACCCGACGACAUCAAGGAGAUAGAAGUCCUCAACCUGGGCAAUAAUUCCCUUCAAGAGCUUCCUGAGGGUUUGGGCUCCACUCUCACCAAGCUUCGCAUCCUGAUCCUCCGCAGGAACAAGUUCACCUCUGUGCCAUCUCCAAUAUUCCAGCUGUGUCACUUGGCUGAGCUGGAUCUUAGUCACAACUGCUUGAGCCAUUUAUCGGAGGACAUUGAGCAUUUGAAGGGGCUGAAAAAGCUCUGCGUGAGCCACAACAAGAUCCAGUACCUGCCUUCACAAAUCGGGACAUUGCAGGCGUUGGAGGAGUUUGAUGUGAGCUUCAACGAGCUCCAUGAUUUCCCUAGGUCCUUCACGCAGCUCAAGAAGCUCAGGACACUCGACGUGGACCAUAACAAACUCCAAAAUUUCCCACCGGAGCUUCUUGCCCUCAGCGAUUUGGAGGAACUUGAUUGUUCAGGGAAUAAACUAGAGGGCCUGCCAGGCAAUAUCACAAUGCUGCAGUCACUCAAAAUUGUGUGGCUCAGCAGCACCCAUAUCUCAUUUUUACCUGAGACUUUCUGUGAUCUGCAAAACCUGGAGAGCUUGAUGCUCGAUAAUAAUUCUCUUGCAGUGCUGCCGUGGUCGUUUGGAAAGAUGCAGACGCUCAAAAUGCUCAAUCUUUCAUCCAACUCCUUUGAAGAUUUUCCUCAGGUUAUUCUUACAAUUACUAGUUUGGAGGAACUGUAUUUGAGCAGAAAUAAGUUGUCUUUCCUCCCAGACGAACUGGGCCAGCUGUCUAAUCUCGCCAAUUUGUGGUUGGACAAUAAUAGAAUAACGUUUCUACCAGCCUCCAUAGUGGAGCUGGAGAAACUGGAGGAGCUGGUUUUACAGGGUAACCAAAUUGCCAUCCUGCCAGACAAUUUUGGAAAGCUCUCCAAAGUUAACAUUUGGAAAGUUAAGGACAAUCCUCUCAUACAACCUCCGUAUGAGGUGUGCAUGAAGGGCAUCCCGUAUAUAGCUGCCUAUCAGAAGGAGCUUGCCCAUGCCCAGACUGCUGUGAAACCAAGACUUAAACUUGUUUUGAUGGGGCAGACAAAUGCAGGGAAAACUAAGCUCAGGCAGUGUAUAGUAAGCAAACCGUUGGAUGCUAAGACAAUAACUGGCGGCAGAGGGAUCGAUGUGACUAACUGGGUAGCAGAUGCCCAUCGCAGUCUUACAUUUAUUGUGUAUGAUUUAUCAGGGAAGCAGAAUUACGAACUCAUUAAACCAUUUUUUCUCUCGCCAGGCGCUCUGUACAUAGUGGUAGUGAAUUUGAAGUUGUACACAUGUAAGACUUUUUACUCCAGCGUAGGCUAUUUCCUUCACCUGCUUAGUGCCAAGGUUCCCCAUGCAGUGGUGUGCGUUGUGGGAACACACAUUGACCUCUGUACUGAGACAGAAUUGGAGGAAAAGUGCUUGGAUAUCCACAGACAGAUCUCUCUGCAGGAAAAAAGAGACACAGAGAGUCUGCGGACACUCGCCAAGCAGGUGGACGAAGCCUUGGAACAGGACUAUGAUGUCAGGGCAUCAAGCCCUCAUGUACUGUUUUAUGGAGUCUCAGACAGAAACCUGAGACGUAAAAAAGCCCAGUUGCAGUACAUGCUGAACAAUCGACUACAGAUCCUGUCCCCGGUCUUUUGUGUCAGUUGCGUGGAAAUGCGAAAUAUUCAGCGAUUAAAGGAGAAACUCAUGUCAGUUGCAGAUCAUCGUGAUAUUUUUCCUAACCUUCACAGAGUACUGCCGAAGUCAUGGCAGAUGCUGGAGGAGCUCCAUUUCAAGCCGCAGGAUCUGUGGCUGUCGUGGUGGGACUCAGCUCGCCUGGGCCUGCAAGCAGGAUUGACGGAAGACCGUCUGCAAAGUGCACUGUCCUACCUACAUGAGAGUGGCAAACUGCUGUACUUUGAGGACAGUGUGACACUUAAAGAAUUUGUCUUCCACAAUCUGCCACGGUUCAUUGCUGUCUUGAACGUCUUCUUUCAGAAGGACAUUACUGCCAUGCUAGAAAAAUUAAAUGCUGAAAGCGACUCGGAAGAGAAUUCACAAUUCACUUCUUCACAAAUUCAGCACCAUGUGGAAAGCUUUCUGCUGCAAGGCCUUCUGCCCUCCAACGUCAUCCGGCAGCUCCUCAAACCCCUUGUGCAGACGCAGCAGGACUUGCACCUUAUCAUGGAGCUGCUUGAAAAGAUGGGAGUUUGCUACUGUGUUAACAAACCUCGCAGCAAACCACUCAACGGGGCACCUGUGGUGUACAAGUUCCCCAGUCUGGUCAGCAGUGAGGAGCCUAACACUGAACCCUGGCAGAAUGGUGGCUCAUCAGUUCCUGGUCAGUUCUUCUCGGUGGAGCAGCUGCAGAUUGAGUAUACUUUUCCUUUUCUCAUCCCUCCUGGACUUUUUGCACGGUUCAGCGUGCAAAUCAACAGCCAUGUUGUGCAACGCACCGACGGAAAGGAUUACAUCUUUGCCUACCGGGGUAAAGUGCCGGUGAUGGUGAAGUACCGGCCUUCUCGAAACAGACUGCACCCGGAUACCCUUGCCAUUUCUAGUCAUGCAUCUUUACCAAAUAUCUGGACAGCUUGGCAAGCAAUUACUCCACUGGUAGAGGAGCUGAACGUUCUUCUGCUGGAAUGGCCUAGUCUCCAUUAUUCUGUACAUAUCCUGUGUUCCAAGUGCCUGAAGCGAGGGUCACCCAACCCACAUUCUUUUCCAGGAGAGUUGCUGAGCCAGCCUCGACCCGAGGGCUUGACUGAAAUCAUCUGUCCUAAAAAUGGCUCUGAGCGCGUCAAUGUGGCCCUCGUCUACCCUCCCUCUCCCACUCUGGUCAGCCCCUGUCCCAAAUGACACAGCUGUCCCUUCCAGCAUAGCACAGUGACUGUAAACGCUCUCUCACACACCCUGCUGCACCUCGGUCUUCCCUGUAACACACACACAACAUUAGAUGGAGCUACAUCUGAGUGUGUGUGUAAGUGUCUGUGUUCUGCUUCCACUUCGCGUGUGCUCAGAAAACGACAGUGUAAUGUGAUGUGUGUUCCAGUGUGGAGAUGCGCGUUCAGCCAUGUGCACACAUGAAGACAUGAAGAUUCUCACACACUGAAGUUAAUGAGCUCGUGCUGCUGGUUGUAGAAGAAAGAACAGUAUUAGGAACUGCAGAGCUGACGUCUCAGACCCAGAACGUCAUGGGUGUCUCUGUGAGAAGCUUGUCAUCUAUCCAGUUACUGCUAAAAAGGGAAGAAGCAGAAGGAAACCAAGAAGAAAGGCUGGGUUCAUGUCAUAUUCUGGAUGAAGGAAGAAGUUCAUGCUCCUUGGAUGCUGAUUGGACUGAGUUGAUGAAGGGACGAUCUGUUAUCCAAAAAACCUUGUAGAAAAAGUGGCUACAGUGGCGGGGCUAGAGUUCUAGUAAACAUGUCUAUCAAAAGAGUUUCUGAUUCCUUUCUUACACUGCAUGCAGAAAUUACAGCUUAUUGACUGAAAUGUCUUGAAAUCAGUUUACAUACAGAAUCUGCUGUCUGUCUUAGUUUUGAUAGCCAGGCUUAACUGAAUCCAGGACUAAAGCAGGAAAUGAUACCAAACUUUGUUUUUAAUCUUUUUUUUUCCCCCCCAAAACCUGCAGAUUCUCUGUAGUACGUUUCUGGCUUUAAACAUUUACACACACACACGUGUAUCUUAAGCUGCUCGCCCACAAUCACUGACACUGAUAAUGAUUUGGAAUAGUACCGUAUUUCCUGGAAUAUAAUUUGCUCCAAAUGGAUGCCAGUCAAUUUUUUAUUUUUUUUGCUUUGGGACAUAAAAAAAAACAAUCAACAGCACUGCAAAUGUCUUAGGAGUUUUUGUCAUUUGCAUUAAAGUCGCUAGAAAAUUUUAGGUUUACAGAAAAAAUUAAGUACCUUAUAAAAUCAAGCACUUUUGAGCUCAAACUGGAUUUAUAUUGUAAGUGUACAGCAUACGAUUAAACUAAAAAGUAGAACAAAUCAGUAGAAGGAAUUGUCUGAGUAACCUACCAAACAUUAAACUUUUCUGUACCGUUCACUGCACUUCGUAGUAUUUUUUUAAUAUAUAUUACAAAUCAAAUCAUAAUCAUUGUAAGAAUCUUCAAACCUGUUCUGUACAUGUGCCUGAAAUUUUUCCACCAUACAUCAGUGAGACAUUUAAGUUGUUUUCACAUACCAUGUAUUUCAUUUUAUUGCGUAUUGUUUAAAUACGCAAAAGAAGUUCAUGCUCAAACACAUGGCUAAAUGUUCUCACAUAGCUUCCCACAGAAGUCCCAGCACCUGAAGGAAAGCGUUGUGUAGGUCAGAAAAUACGGUAACUUUUUCAAGAAAAAGUAAAAAUCAAAAACAUUUCUCAACUGUUGUUAAUCCUGUGUCACAUCCUCAGCUGCAUGUUUCCUCCUUUGCAUACACCCAACAAACCUGUAACUAAAAUGCGGUAAAAAUAAGCCAUGGACUGCUGACUGUAGCCUGAGCUGAAGGUUUAGGAAUAUCUUCACAGUAACACAUACGAGGCCAUGUGUUGUACAUAUCGUAACAGAUGGAGGGUGUAAAUUUGCUGACAUGAAGAAAAGCCUGUUUACACAAAUCCCAUUUUUAAUAUCACUUCGUUUGUUCUUCAGAAAAGGACAGCUCCUGUGAGACUGUAUAUGUUGUUUAUGAUAACCUUUUUUUGUACUUCAUAAUUUUAUUUUUGUAUCUUGUCAUAUGGUUUGCUGCACACUGUGCAUGGCUACUGUGUGCUCAGUGUAGACACAAACACAAUUUUCUUAUGAGUUAUGAGCACGUCAAUCUGUCUGAAGCACCAAAUACAAAUAUUUCUUUUCAUACGGCUUAUGAAACUUCUUUUUUUCUCCAUUUCUCAACCAUGUAUUCUUCAAAAGUACACUAUGCUUUACAAACUUUAGUUUACAGCUUUUUUUUCUGGAAAUGCUUUAUGUUGUAAAAACUGCCUCAGUGUUUUUACAUAAUUAAAAUCUGUCCAAAUUUACAGACAAAUCUGAUGUUUUCUGUAGUAAUUUAUGACAUUUCCUAUAAUAAAGGAUCCAGCUUUGUGU